CCUUAUCAGAAAUGCAUGUGGGAUUCUUGGAGUUCUACUAUUUGAGAAGAUAGACCGAGGAGUAGCAUUUGGUGAGCACACAUGGACUUGCAUAUGGAUAAAGUUCCAAAUGCUCAAUUUGAGAAAGCAACUGCAUAUGGUUAGGUUGCCCUUGCGUUUGAGGAUGCUCAUUUAGAGUGCUGCAUAUGGUUAGAGAUAUGUUGGUAUACGAAAAUGGUUUGCAAAACUGUGAUUAAUUUAAGCAUUAGUUAAGGCAGAAGAAAUCCACAAUUCAUUGUAAUAAAAAAAAAUGGUUGAGGCAAUUGCUGUCUGCAGAAUUCUUGAUAGAGGUAUGCCUUCUGGCCCAGAAAAGCUGAAGGUGAAGCUGAAAAAGAAGCAGCAGGACAGGCAUUGCCAUUAUGCAAAGGCGCUAUUCAACUUGCCGAAAAAGGAUGACCAGAUGAAACCUUUAACCUUGCACCACAGAAUCACUACUGUUGCCCUACUCUGUGAGCCCUCCAAGGCUUCAUUUGAUCAAUAUUUGGAGGAUGAACAAAGGGUUAUUAAAGCCCUAUUUCCAGGCAUAGAGGCAAGAAAACUUAACAAGUUAAGCACGCAGAAAGCGUGGAGGAUUCAAAUGCCAACCAUGCAAUUAUUGUUCAUGUCUGUCUGCCUUGUAUUAUACAUCAGUUUAAGAUACAAGUCCAAAGGGAAAGACUACCCUCCUCAUGUUCCUCAUCACAUUCCCAUGGUCCUUGAGCUUGAAGCUACAAGGUGGGAACUUGAGGGCUUCCCCUAUGAGUACCGGCCACGUGACUUUAGCAUAUCUGCUAAAGGAACCUUAUAUCCUGAUAGAAAGCAAGGAACACAAAGCAAGCUUCGAACCCAGAUUGACGUAAUCUUAAGCUUCAUUGUUUCACCUCUGCUUGGUUGGGUUCCACAAAGUGUUAUGCAUAGCCUCAUAAAAUCGCUGGUGAAGACUGUGAUGGCGGAUUCGACAUCCAAUGCCAGAUUGCUUGAAGACUAUGAUGUAUUCAAAACGAAGAAUGUGGUUCAGUACUCCGUGAAAGAUCCUUGGAACGAUCAGCUCUUGAUUCGUUGUAUUGAAAUAUAUAAAAACAAGUUAAGAAAUGAGUGGGAUUGUGAAAAGGAAAGGGAGUGAAAAAAAUUCGGGGGAUGAGAGGUGAAAAAAAAUUUAGUGGAGAUGCAGGGGAUCGAACCCUGUGCCUCUCGCAUGCAAAGCGAGCGCUCUACCAUUUGAGCUACAUCCCCGAUUGAUGAGUGGUCAUUCUAAAUAUACUAAACCUGCUAACUAUUUAUUAUUCAAA